GGUAUGACCACUGACUGAUAUAAACAAAGGUUACAUCCUGCGUAAGGUACUACUAGUAUCUACCGAAGCUCAGGUUCUAGGUAAUAUGCGUCCUCUUCCCAGUCGCCCCACGGCAAUGCCCUCCAUGUGCUUAUUUUGUUCACCUUUAGGGCGUUUCAACUUCCAAUGAAGCUACAUCGUGGCAGCGUGUCGCGAGCGCCCCUGUAACCCUGUUGUGCUCACCCCGAGUCCUCGCUGUUCGCACAAACGAGACGGGCCGGCAUGCGGAGCACGUCUGUCCGUCCACUGACAGCAAGGUAGCCAUUCGCCUCAUGCUCCUCCGCCUGAACCGCCAUCGGAUGGCCUUGAAAAGAAAGCUGGACAGCUUUCUGCGCAACGUUUACUCGCAGUCCGCGCCUCCUCCUGUCGCCAUGGCACACACGCGCACGAUACUGUUAAAUGCCCAAGAGGAGCAGCUCCGAGCCCUCUUGCUCGAUGUCUGCCGCUCCAUCAACGCUGCCGGCGAUGUCGCGCAACCCGUUGUCCUUCGCUGGGCUGGUGGCUGGGUCCGUGACAAGCUGCUCGGCAUCCAGAGCCAUGACAUUGACGUUGCCAUCAACGCCAUGACGGGCGUCCACUUUGCUCAGCGCAUGUGCGACUUCUGCGCCCUGCCCGAUGUCGUCACGAGGCAUGGCAUCGGUCCAUCUGACGUUGGGAACCUGCACAACGUUGCUCGGAACCCGGACAAGUCCAAGCAUCUCGAGACCGCCAUGGUCAAGAUACUCGGCCUCGAUCUCGACUUCGUCAACCUGCGCAAGGAAACAUACGCCGACAACAGUCGCAACCCGGCAAUGGAGUUCGGCACAGCCGAGGAGGAUGCCCUGCGCCGUGACGCCACCAUCAACGCCCUCUUCUUCAACCUGCACACAGGUUGCAUCGAGGACUUCACUGGCGGCCUGCCCGACAUGGCUGCCCGCGUCAUUCGCACCCCCCUAGACCCUCAGCAAACAUUUACCGAUGACCCUCUCCGCGUCCUUCGCCUCAUUCGCUUCGCCAGUCGUUUGCAAUUUGACAUCGACCCAGCCACACAACGUGUCAUGGGUCGCCCUGCCGUCCUGCAGGCCCUGAGAGUCAAGAUAAGCCGCGAAAGGGUCGGAGUGGAGCUGGAGAAGAUGCUUAAAGGCACGCAACCUCGAAGAGCUCUAGAGCUGCUGGAUGAACUGCACCUUUACCAUGCCAUUUUCACGGAUCCUGCGCGGGAAUCGAUGGAGCGCCCAGAUGUGAGUCGAUGGCACGUGGCAUACAAGUGCCUGGGCUACCUGCUGGAGAAUCGCAGCCCGGGAUCUAUUGGCGCCCUGCUAGCGCCCUCUGAGGAGGCCGUUUAUGUGGCAUGGAAUCUCGCCGCCGCGAGCCCCUGGAUGCCUGUCGAGGAACCACCCAGCGUCAAAAAGAAGGCGAACGCGCUCCCUCCUGUCGCUGCGAUUGCCCGCGAAGGCUUCAGAGCGCCGAAUAAGCUCACGGACGUCAUGGCUGCCAGUCACCGACAUCGCAAGGAGAUCCUUCAGCUUAAGGAAGCCGUCUGCCAUGGAGAGUCUUGGGUCCGACAUCGAGAUAGAUGCGGAAUGGCGAUCCGUCGAUGGGACAGCCAGGGCGGCUCCUGGACACUACAGGUGCUCAGCACGCUCCUUGUGGACGCCAUGGAACAGCUCGGUUCUUGGCAGAGCGCCGGUGAUUCGAGCAAGCCCAACGAACACAACCUUGAUCCGUUCAUAGCCAAGCGCGAUGAGUUUAUAAGCGGGUGGCAACAGCUUCUGGACCAUGUCGUUGAGCUCAACGUCUACAAUGCGCCAAGCAUGAAACGCCUGCUCGACGGACACGCCCUAGCUCAAGCACUAGGCGCGAAACCUGGCAAAUGGACGGGGAAGGCACUUGACAUCUGCAUGGCCUGGCAGCUACGUAACCCAGACGAACUCGACCCAAGCAAUGCAAUCGAGGAAGUGCGAAAGAAACGAGACGAGCUGGGAAUCCCUCUCGACAGUUCAUGAGUUUGCCUAUCGCAGUGUACAAAUGUGCUUUGGCUCCAAGACCUGCAGUCAAGGCAUUUCGCCCUCGACACGGUUGGGACACGGCGGCUUUCUGGCAUAUGAACAGCUGUACAUAGAUAGGCCCGCUGUGACUUAUCGAACACUUGAGAUACAUUGUGGAUUGCGGCUGCUGUUCGAGCAGAGCGCACAGGACAUCUCGCAACUGCCCUCCAGCGUUUCUGCUCGUAAGGUCUUGCGAGCUCCUCGCUAGCUCGUCCGUCUACCCUAUGUGCAACCAUGGCUUUGACGGCGAGUAGGGAGGGGCUGUUGGUCAGUUUUGCAGCUCCUCCUCAUUGUGCACGGUCAUUAAAGCACAGCGGUAAAGUCUAUGUUUAACAAGCCUGGGGAUAUCAAUACAGUGUAUACACACUGUGCGAAUAAAGUCUGCGCACUCGCCCG